UCAUUACACUGAUUAGGAGAAUGACUUUAUGACCGGUGAGACAUUUAUGUCAAAUUUAACGACAAGUGUGGAAUCAUUGAGAAGUGAACUUGUGAACUUGAAAGCAAAAAUGGAUAAAAGAAAUUCCACCGAUCAAAACCAGUUGUCUGUUGGCGUGACGAAGACGGAGCAAUUCAAUGAAGGGUCUGUGCAAUUUCUGACGAGGGCAUGUCAAGAAAAUGACGAAUACAUUCUGCAACAGAACAGAAAAGUAGAAGAGUUACAAAAGCAUCAAGAGCAAUUUCUACAACGACACAAACAGUGGGAGCAGGAGACAGAAAAAAUGCUUACAGACUCAAUACAGAAGGCAGUGAAGGUUGCCAUGGCGACAGAACUAUCUCGUAUUAGGUCUAAUAGAAACUCAAUAUUAGAGGCUGAAAGAACACAUAAUAUUGAAGGAUUGCAAUGUGUGUAUGAUUCUGUGCAAAACAUGGGACAAACUACUCAAGGAUACAUUGAUGGAGUCAAGUCAUCCGUUACAGAGUUUACGUCAGAGAAUCUGCACAUUCUAAGAACAGCAUCUACUUCCAUUGAACAUGAAACAAAACAGGAAAGCAAUAUUAUAUUAUCAGUUGCUGAUAGUUGUAAUGAUGUGACAGCUACGGCAGCACUAUUUGUCGAAAAUAAGAAAGAUCAAUGCGUUAAAUUUACUGAUGAAAUAAGUCAAGACAUCAGGAAUGUUAAAUGCGAUUUUGAAGAGCAUGCAAAAGCUCAGUUAAGUCUAGUGCAGAACAUCCUUGGUAAGAUUAAAGAUUCCAACACGGAGCGAGAGUGCAAAGUGUCGUGCAUGGAGCGUGCUGUUGAAGACAAAAUGCAAGAACACAAAGAUUGUUUAAAGAAUCAGAAAUCGGGAGUGAAACUUUGGACAAUUGGGAUGGAAAAGCAGAUAGAAAAACGUAAGGAGGAAGUCGAUAGGUUUAUCACAGAGGAGUUAAAACAAGAUGUGCCAACAGUUACAACACCACUUACUUGA